AAAGAAAACCAAUAACCAGACCAGACCAGACCAGACCGUCAGGGAAAGGAGUAUUAUUAACUCUGGACUCUCCUCAGCUGUCAAUCUCUCUCUCUCUGUCUCUCGAUCUGGUUGGGGGGGUUUUAUAGGGUUUAAGCUGCGAUGGCUCUCUGAGCUUCUUAAUUUCAAAAUCCUUAUCGCUCUUACACGACGACGACUUUGUCAACGCUUCUUCUAACUCAAAAGAUUUUGUCAGCAGCUGGUUUGUGAUCUGAGAUGGCGACGGAGCAGAGCGGAUUAGAAAACCAGGAGAGCCAGCCAAACCAAGUGGCUCCUGGCUUUGUAGGAGCGAUCGAAGAACAAUACAAGAAACUAAGAGAUCACGCCGAGGCUUAUCCAUACGUUUGGGGUUCUUACACUGUUGUCUACGGCGGUCUUUUCCUUUGGACUGCUUAUAGAUGGAGGAAGCUUAGGAGAACCGAGGAUCGAGUUCGUGGUCUUCAGACUAAACUUAGGAAACUCGUCCAAGACGAACAAGCAGCAGCAGCAGCAACAGCUUCUAAAUCAGUAGACAAAUCUUCUUCAGUUUCUGACAAGACAUCAUCAGUGCCUUGAUUAGUUACUAGUUUAUAAUCAAAACACACUGUCUCUGUUAGACUCAUGACGAGAUCUGUUUUGUUACAAUGCUUUUGUUGUUUACCAGCAUAGGCUUAUUGUAUAAACUCAAAUUCAAGUACAACCAAUUCUAUAUCAGAAGGUUUUCACUCUGCUUU